GUUGGAAUAUCCCCCAUGCACAUGCAACUCAUAAGAAGCAAUCAAAUCGUCAUGUUUGAUCGGACUGAUUUUGGUCGCUCGAAUCUAUCCCUCCCUAAAGGUGUUUGUCGACAUGACCCUCAUGAUUCUUCUCUCGUGGACGAUUGCACCGCUCACUCUAUACUAUAUGAUAUUGCUUCCAACACUUUUCGACCACUUUUCAUACGCACGGAUACUUGGUGUUCCUCUGGCUCUGUCCUUCCUGGUGGAACCCUAGUUCAAACUGGGGGCUACAAUGAUGGUGAUCGUGUCGUUCGAAUGAUAUCGCCUUGUAGACACAAAUUUUGCGAUUGGUCCGAGUCUUCCCAUUAUCUAUUGAAGCGUAGAUGGUACGCUUCGAAUCAAAUUUUACCUGAUGGUCGAAUUAUCAUUGUUGGAGGAAGGAGGCAAUUCAAUUAUGAAUUUUUCCCUAGAAAUACUAGAUCUUCUUCACCUUCAAGUACUAUUUCGUUUUCUUUCUUGCAAGAAACUAGAGAUCCUGAAGAAAACAAUUUGUAUCCAUUUUUGCACCUUCUACCAGAUGGAAAUUUGUUUGUCUUUGCCAAUACUAGAGCUAUUUCUCUAGACUAUCGACGAAAUCGUAUAGUCAAAGAGUUUCCUUCGAUCACAAGAAACGAUCCCCGAAACUAUCCUAGUUCGGGAUCCUCAGUUUUGCUUCCUAUAGACGAUACCCAUACCAAUACCAAUCAAAACAAAUGCAUCAAAGUCGAGGUCAUGAUAUGUGGCGGGGCUCCAAGGGGUGCAUUUGGAGCUGCAGGGCAUGGACACUUUACUCCUUCCCUGACCACAUGCGGUCGCAUUCAAGUAAUGGAUAAAAACCCUAGAUGGGCCAUGGAGACAAUGCCCAUUGCCCGAGUUAUGGGAGACAUGAUACUCCUCCCUAACCUUGAUGUCCUAAUCAUUAACGGAGCUCAAUCGGGAACCGCUGGUUGGAAUAAUGCUGGAAAUCCUGCGACUCGACCAUUAUUAUACAAACCUGAGUCCACGCUAGGUAAUCGCUUCUCAAUCCUAUCGAGAGCCUCAAGGCCGAGAAUGUACCAUUCUUCCGCUAUCCUCAUCCCCGAUGGUCGCGUCAUAGUGGGGGGGAGUAACCCACAUACCUUUUACAACUUCUCUGAUGUCCAAUACCCAACCGACCUAAGUUUGGAAGCCUUUUCGCCGCCAUACUUAGCCGCAAAUCAAAAUCCUUUGCGCCCGAGGUUUAUAGAUUGCGACGAAAUCUUGGUCUACAAGCAACCAUUUUCACUGACUUUCGAAGUAGAGAACUUUCAAAAGGCGGGCAUAGUUUCGGUCGUCAUACUUGCACCACCAUUCACUACACACUCGUAUGGCAUGAAUCAAAGAAUGGUGAGGUUAAGGGUGAGUUCAUUGACUCAAGGACAUUCCCACACAAAGCAUACAAUGAUCGUACUUGGGCCAUCCAUUCCAGAGAUUGCACCAUCAGGAUAUUAUCUAUUGUUUGUGAUACAUGCGGAAAUACCAAGUUCUGGUCUGUGGGUGAAGGUUCAACAAUAG